AGACAACAGUCAUCUGGUCUAUGCUUCUAGUUUCUCAGCCUUGCUCGUCGAAUCUGCGUCCCUCAUGACAUCGCCUUCAUACGGAAAUGAAAUCCCGGUUGAACCAAACUCUCUGUACAUCUGCCUGAAUCAAAUACUAUCGCCAGGCUUUCACUGGUCGCUCUACGUGACAGAUGCCAAAGGAGCUGCAGUGCGAUACGAAUGGGCCGAGGUCCAGGGACGUGCCUCGACGAGCGACCCAUUAGAAGCUUUCUUCUACACACCUACCCAUCCUGUGAUGGAGAUAACCAGGGACCUCAGUUGCAACCUGGCCUUCAUCAAGAUCUCUGCGUAUACUGCACCUGCGAACCCUACCAUCCAAUACUAUGUUUCGAUGUUCCACGAUAUUUUCCCAACCAGCUUUUCAAACGUCAAGCGGAAUCGCGACCAUGGCAUUUCAUGCCGCACUUGGCUGAUGGCCGCACUGGAGAGGAUGCGAACCGCGGGUGUAAUCAAUCUCAGCGCCAGCGAGGUCGCUGGUCUCGAAGCACGGGUCAUUGCUAUCGGACAGAAGGCAGAGGAAGAAGCUGCUAAGGGCGAUUUUACGACUGUGCUCACGGCUCUAUGAUCACAGUGGAAGUCUGAAGCUGAAGCGCUGGAGUCCGACGCAGUGAAUUCGUGUCACAGUCGACAGAUUCCAGUUGUCAGUAUUGUAUUUGCUAUUUCCGAUGCAAGCUGAGAUAUGCUCUGC